AUGGAAUCGUCAGAAGUAAAGCGCGGCAGACAUUACACAAUUUCCAGUACCUUCACCCGUUUUCUUUCCCGCUCGCGCGACAGUCUAGUCCACAAAAAUACGAUCACUGAAGAAGAUCUUUCCCUGAAGAUUAUAGCGAGCUUGUCGACAACCUUUAACUACUUCGAAUUACUUCAAUUAUUUGGAGAUAAUGGCUAUACUCUCUUUGAUUCUCCCGAUGAAGUUUUAUCUGAGAAGAGUCGGUCGAUAGUGUGGAGGAUGUCCAACGACAAACGCACUAUUUUAGAACUCUUAUGUAAGAAGAUGAAAGAAGAAAACAUACCAGCAAAGCAAUUGAUGUAUCUUGCAUUUGACAGAAAGACUAUCCUUCCUUCUGACUGCGAAAUUUUCGUGAACGACCUUAUGAAGAACCAAGACACUAUAUUUAACGUGAAUGGAGAUCCUCUCUACGACUUCGAUGGUAAUGUGCUGACUCUUUCACUGAAUGUGUUAUACGAAAUGUUAUUCAACUUCAAAGAAUCGAAGAAAAUUGUGUCGACCGUCGUCAUUACACACUCCCUCUUCUCAACGCGAAACGAACUUUUAACCCACAUCUUACAAGAACAUGACGAAUUACAAAAAAUGAAAGAGUCCCACGUCCUUGUAAAAAUGAAAGAAAGACUCGAUUAUAUCAUCACGACGUACGCACAAUUUCUGGGACCACUUCCAAAGGCGGAGAUCGACUUAAUUAAAAGUACUUUCAACAAGAACGAGUUACCAAAAAUAUUUGAAACGGACUCUGUGGAGGACGAUAAAGUCCCUUCAAGACUCUGCAAAUCGAAAAAGUCGAAUAAGAAAAGACUUUCAUUACGAUCGGACCCCGGAGACGUCGCACAAGUACUCAGUUCUGAAGGAGAAAUCGAUAAAUUUCUCAAUUUGGACACGGAGAUCACUAAAGAGACUCUUACCAAUAUUCAUCACCGACUUGUCGCACAACAGUUUGUUGCGUUUGACUCGAAUUAUUUCAAUAAAAUCGAGAAGGAAGACUGGGUGCUUGGGGAGAAAAGUGACAAUGUGAAGAAGUGGGUACAUGCGACUAAAACGAUUGAGUCGUGUGUCUUUGAGUCGACGCCGACGAGAAAGCAAAUCACUUUCUUUGUCAAAGUGAUGAACGAUUGUCUUGAGAUGCGCGAAAUGAACAUAUGCAAUAUCAUCUUCUCUGUCUUAGUCAAUUUGAGUAUACAAAAGCAGUAG